AUGGUCAGCCACCUGGUUGUGACCCCCACUCCGAGCGCCCUGCUGACCUUUCUCCUGUCCUCAGAGGUGGCCGGCAGGCUCCUGAUCACCGAGGCACACACACACCUGCUGGUGUUUGGCAUGGAGCAGCGGCUGCCGCCUAACAGCGAGCUGGUGCAAGCUGUGCUGCGGCUCUUCCAGGAGCCAGUCCCCAAGGCCGCCCUGCGCAGGCACGAGCGCCUGCCCCCGCACAGCGCCCAGGCCCGGGUCACCGUGGAGUGGCUGCACAUCCGUGACGACGGCUCCAACCACACCUCCCUCAUAGACUCCAGGCUAGUGUCCAUCCACCAGAGCGGUUGGAAGGCUUUCGACGUGACGGAGGCCGUGAACUUCUGGCAGCAGCUGAGGGAGCCCCGGCAGCCGCUGCUGCUGCAGGUGUCUGUGCACAGGGAGCACCUGGGCGCGGGCGCGUCCAGCACGCACAGGCUGGUGCGCUUUGCCUGGCAGGGGGAGGCUGGUGGCAUGUCGAGCGAGCCGCAGAGCUCAAGACAACUGUGA